CUCCUCUUCCCCCCUCCCCCUCCUCCUCCUCGCGCGGUAAUGGGAGGCUCCUAGGCAGAAGCUAAAGAAGGAAUUGUUUGCGAGUUCAGUCAUCCAAAAAAGCUUCUUCCAUAUGGAGGGACCGGGUGCGCAGGGCGCGGCGUCCCCUGCCUUGUCCUCCCGCUGCUGCCGCCGCGGGCCCCGCUUCCUGCCGCAGGGACCCUGAGCCCCGGCCCGCCGGUGUCAGCCGCGGCGAGCGCACACUCACACUCACACUUACACACACACGCGCACGCACACUCACACUCACGCCCGCCGCAGCCGCACGCGCCCGCACGCGCCCUCCCUCCCCGGCCCGCAGCUUCUCGGUCCGGGGCUCCUUUGUUGCUCCCGCGGUCGCCGCUCUCCCGUUUUGUGUGUCCCUGGGUGUCACUGUGCGGGUUGUGUCCGUGCGGCACCGGGCUGUGUGGCUCUCUCCGCGCCCACCGAGCCCCUGGGCCCCGGCUCACCCUUCCCAGGAGCCGGCUGCACCAGAGGCCCAGAACAAGCUUCCUGGAACCCGUGACCCAUGAAGCCUUGUCAACAUUCACACCGUCUGAGGGCAUCAGCAAUGAAGUAGAAGAAGCAGAGUGUAGCAGGGGAUUGCGGUACCUCUUUGAGUGACUCCUUUGGCUUAUGGGACGUUGACACACCAUGCCGUGUGGGAUGAUGAUAACGCAGAGAGGAAAGAGGUCCGAGGUCACACUUGCUUGCCUCCUCUUGGCCAUGGCGGGCUGCUUCGCAAACCUGAACGAGGUCCCUCAGGUCACUGUCCAGCCUUCUUCCACCGUCCAGAAGCUCGGAGGAACCGUGAUCUUGGGCUGCGUGGUGGAGCCCCCCUGGAUGAACACCACCUGGCGCCUGAACGGGAAGGAGCUGAAUGGCUCGGAUGAUGCGCUGGGCGUCCUCAUCACCCGCGGGACCCUCGUCAUCACUGCCCUCAGCAACCACACUGUGGGACGGUACCAGUGCGUGGCCCGGAUGCCUGCAGGGGCUGUGGCCAGCGUGCCAGCCACCGUGACACUAGCUAAUCUCCAGGACUUCAAGUUAGACGUGCAGCACGUGAUUGAAGUGGAUGAGGGGAACACGGCGGUCAUCGCCUGUCACCUUCCUGAGAGCCACCCAAAAGCCCAGGUCCGAUACAGCGUCAAACACGAGUGGCUGGAGGCCUCCAGAGAUAACUACCUGAUCAUGCCAUCGGGGAACCUCCAGAUUGUGAACGCCAGCCAGGAGGACGAGGGGAUGUACAAGUGCGCUGCCUACAACCCAGUGACCCAGGAAGUGAAAACCUCGGGCACCAGUGACAGGCUGCGCGUGCGCCGUUCCACUGCUGAGGCUGCCCGCAUCAUCUACCCGCCAGAGGCCCAGACCAUCGUUGUCACCAAAGGCCAGAGUCUCAUCCUGGAGUGUGUGGCCGGUGGGAUCCCACCCCCGAGGGUCACCUGGGCCAAGGAUGGGUCCAGCGUCGCCAGCUACAACAAGACACGUUUCCUGCUGAGCAACCUCCUUAUCGACGCCACCAGUGAGGAGGACUCCGGGACCUACCGCUGCAUGGCUGACAACGGGGUUGGGGAUCCCGGGGCCGCGGUCAUCCUCUACAACGUCCAGGUGUUCGAACCCCCCGAGGUCACCAUGGAGCUGUCCCAGCUGGUCAUCCCUUGGGGCCAGAGCGCCAAGCUCACCUGUGAGGUGCGAGGGAACCCCCCGCCCUCUGUGCUGUGGCUAAGGAACGCCGUGCCCCUCACCUCCAGCCAGCGCCUCCGACUGUCCCGUAGGGCCCUGCGGGUGGUCAGUGUAGGGCCCGAGGACGAAGGCGUCUACCAGUGCAUGGCCGAGAAUGAAGUCGGGAGCGCCCACGCUGUGGUCCAGCUGAGGACCGCCAGGCCGGGCACCACCCUGAGGCCAUGGCGGGAUGCUAAGCUGGCCACUGCCACACCUCCUGUGCCCCCGCCCGGACCCGGAAGCCCUGCCCAGAUGCCGAAGGGCCACCCAGGGCCCCUGAGGCCAUCGGCAUCCGCGCAGCCAGCGCCCUUGCCGUGCCUGGGAGAGCAGGGGCAGGCGGCCCCCGCCGAGGCGCCUGUCAUCCUCAGCUCGCCCCGCACCUCCAAGACUGACUCGUACGAACUGGUGUGGCGGCCUCGGCACGAGGGCAGCGGCUGGGCACCGAUCCUCUACUAUGUGGUGAAACACCGCAAGGUCACAAACUCCUCUGAUGACUGGACCAUCUCUGGCAUUCCAGCCAGCCAGCACCGCCUGACCCUCACCAGACUCGACCCUGGGAGCUUGUAUGAAGUGGAGAUGGCAGCCUACAACUGUGCAGGCGAAGGCCAGACGGCCAUGGUCACUUUCCGAACUGGACGGCGGCCCAAACCUGAAAUCAUGGCCAGCAAAGAGCAGCAGAUCCAGAGAGAUGACCCCGGAGCCAGCCCCCAGAGCAGCAGCCAGCCGGACCACGGCCGCCUGUCCCCCCCAGAAGCUCCAGACAGGCCCACUAUCUCCAUGGCCUCUGAGACCUCAGUGUAUGUGACCUGGAUUCCGCGUGGGAACGGCGGCUUCCCCAUCCAGUCCUUCCGCGUGGAGUACAAGAAGCUGAAGAAAGUGGGGGACUGGAUUCUGGCCACCAGCGCCAUCCCUCCCUCCCGGCUCUCGGUGGAGAUCACAGGCCUAGAGAAAGGCACCUCCUACAAGUUCCGAGUCCGGGCUCUGAACAUGCUGGGGGAGAGCGAGCCCAGCGCCCCCUCUCGGCCCUACGCUGUGUCAGGCUACAGCGGCCGCGUGUACGAGAGGCCUGUGGCAGGCCCUUACAUCACCUUCACCGAUGCCGUCAAUGAGACCACCAUCAUGCUCAAGUGGAUGUAUAUUCCAGCAAGUAACAACAACACCCCAAUCCAUGGCUUUUAUAUCUAUUACCGACCCACGGACAGUGACAAUGAUAGUGACUACAAGAAGGACAUGGUGGAAGGGGAUAGAUACUGGCACUCCAUCAGCCACCUGCAGCCAGAGACCUCCUAUGACAUUAAGAUGCAGUGCUUCAACGAAGGAGGGGAGAGUGAGUUCAGCAACGUGAUGAUCUGUGAAACCAAAGCCCGGAAGUCUUCUGGUCAGCCUGGUCGACUCCCACCCCCAUCUCUGGCCCCACCACAGCUACAACUCCAUGAAACCAUAGAGCGGCCGGUGGGCACAGGGGCCAUGGUGGCCCGCUCCAGUGACCUGCCCUACCUGAUUGUCGGGGUCGUCCUGGGCUCCAUCGUCCUCAUCAUCGUUGCCUUCAUUCCCUUCUGCUUGUGGAGGGCCUGGUCUAAGCAAAAACAUACAACAGACCUGGGUUUUCCUCGAAGUGCCCUUCUGCCCUCCUCCUGCCAAUACACUAUGGUACCACUGGGAGGGCUCCCAGGACACCGAGCCAAUGGGCAGCCCUACCUCAGUGGCACCACCGGACGGGCCUGUACCAAUGGGGUACAUGUGAACAGGGCCUGCCCUGCAGCUGCCAUGGGCUACCCAGGCCUGAAGCCUCAGCAGUGCUGCCCAGGGGAGCUUCGGCAGCAGGACGACAGCAGCAGCACGCUGAGGCAGACCGUUCUUGGCAGUGGAUGUGACCCCCCCAGUCACCAGAUUCCCAGGGCUCCCAGGUGUAACCCGGACGAGGGCUCUUUGUUAUACACACUGCCCGAUGACUCAGCUUGCCAGCUGCUCCAGCCUCAGCAGGACUGCCACCACCUCCAGGAGCAGCCAGCAGCCACGGGCCAGCCCGGCAUGAGGCGUGUACCCCGGGGUCCUGGGCUGGAAGCCACGUGGGACCCUCUUUUUCACCCAGGGCCCCGGUGCUGCUUGGGCCUCGUACCGGUUGAAGAGGUGGCCAGUCCUGACUCCUGCCCUGUGGGGAGAGGAGACUGGUGUCCCCAGCACCCCGUGGGGGCCUACGUAGGGCAGGAACUUGGGAUGCGGCUCUCCCCCAGCCCACCGGUUCACGUGUCUUUUGAAACACCACCUCCUACAAUUUAGGCAGAAGCUGAUAUCCCAGAAAGACACUAUAUAUUGUUGUUUCUUUUAAAAAAGAGAGGAAAUUGGUAUUUAUUUUUCUAUAAUAGCCAUAUUUAUAUAUUUAUGCACUUGUAAAUAAAUGUAUAUGUUUUUAUAAUUCUGGAGACACAUAGGGAAUCCUCCCCACUGAGGUCUGAGGUGUGAAGCAAAGAAGCCGCAACGGAACAGGAGUCAACGGGGAAAGAGCAGCACAGACUGAGGAGGCAGCCCAUCCCUUAGACCCUCCGCCGCUGCCUGGGCCCCGGCAGAAGGCCCACAGAGAAGCCCGUGGAAGGAGGACUCCUAGGCACACUGUCCACAGUGACUGCAAGGGAAGGGCCAGGGCCAUGCGAUCAGAGGCUGCAGCCGCCCGUGACAGUGGCUGGAUCUGGUGCUACAGGAAACAUUUUCCCAAGAUGCCUGUGAGACUAGACUAAGAUGUGUAUAGUACUAUCAGCAUUAACAAACCUUCCAGAAUCAAUAAUCUGUGGCAACAAUAUCUCUGUUAAAAUAAACACUGUAAAUGUCUAAAUAAAUGUUUAGUCUUCCCUGUUAACCUACAGCUUAGUCAUGUAUGAGUCAGCAUUCUCUUUAGAUGGUAGGAUUCAGUCUGAGUAUUUGAAGAAACAUCCACUUGUGAUGUUUUCAGAUGCAUCGAGGAGAAAUCUGGAAAAGGUAGCAAAUGUUUCUAAUUUUGUCUUUUUAAAUAUUGACUCUCAGUUGUGUUUUCAUUAAUGCAGAUGCGUGGUAACUGUUUAGUCCAAGAGGGACACAGUGUACAGUGGGCGAGGAGAAGCAGAUACGCCGUUCUCUGACUGGACUUGAGGUAUCUGGACGUUCAAAGCACAUCAAGUCAACAGAUGUUUACUCACUGACGACUCUGUGAAGAUUCUGUCUAGGCAUCACUCCUCUUGAAUACUGCUGUGACUCUUCGCUCAAUAAUUCUUUAGUGGAUAAAGGGCCUUUGAUAUUCAGAUUCUAGCCUUCCUCUCUAUUUUAGUUGUAAACCUCCCAAAGCCUCUUAUUCAUUCUUUCUUUUGGACUUUUGCUUAGACCAGUGAUUCUUCAGCUCUAGCAUGCAGCAGAAUCACCUGGAAGGCUUGUUCUGGAUUGCUGGACCCCUCCCCCAGAGCCUCUGAUUCUGUAGAUCUGGGUGGAACCCGAGAAUCUGCAUUUCUAACAGGUUCCCCAGGCAAGGCAAAUGCUGUUCUUCAGGGAACCACACUUUGAGAACCCCUGGCUUAGAACAUUUCCUGGGCGCGUAAAGAAAAGCAAAAGAAAAA